CAUGACCAUUCAUAAUCAUACCUUGACUUUGGAAGAUUUUUCUUAUGACGAAGUACAAGACAAUUACAGACCCGCUUUCCUUGAUCCAGGCCGAAGAUCUGUCUUCACAGCGGCAAUCGGGCUGAAUCAUAGCAAACAUCAAGUACGCAGCUGCUCUACCAAGGAAUAUUAUCAUAUGACCGGCAGUAUCAGAUACAUUGCAAAACUGGAACAGCAGAAAGCAGGCACAAUUAAAAUGAUCGAAAGUGGCAUACCAACCGCCAAAAACUUCUAUCAUCAAACAACAUGACCAUCAUGUACAAUAUAUAUUGCAGCA